AUGGCCCCCGAAAAGGACCUCGUCGCCACCCCCGGGGACCCGGCGCCGGGCCCGCCUCCCACAUCCGGACCCGACCCCGACGUCGAGGCCACAGCCACAUCCACGUCCGGCCCCGGCAAGAACGGCGACGACGACGACGACGCCCUCGCCAUGGUCGGCGCGCACGCGCAGCCCUACGACCCGGCCGUGGCCGCCCGCGCCGUCCGCCAGAUCGACCGGUUCCUCGUCCCCGCCAUGGUCUUCGGCUACGGCCUCGUCUACUACGACAAGGCCAUCCUCGGCUCCGCCGUCCUCUUCGGCAUGACCGCCGACCUGCGCCUCUCCGUGCCCGUCCCCGGCGGCGGCGUCGACACCUCGCGCCUCUCCUGGGCCACCUCGCUCUUCUACUUCGGCAUGCUCGCCGGCCUGUACCCAAUGACCUACGCCCUGCAGCGCUUCCCGCCCGGCCGCACCCUCGGCGCCGUCGUCCUCGCCUGGGCCGCCGCCUGCGCGUCCACGGCUGCCGUGUCCGACCACCGCGGCCUCUACGCCCAGCGCUUCGCCCUCGGCUUCGUCGAGAGCGCCGUCCCCACCGGCUUCAUGUGCGUCGUCGCCGGGUACUACACCCAGGCCGAGCAGUCCCUCCGCCAGAGCUGGUGGUUCUCCGCCACCGGCCUCUUCACCAUCAUCGGCGGCGGCCUCAACUACGCCUUCGCCCAGGUGCCCUCCUCCUCGGCGCGCGGCAACGGCGGCCGUCUCCGCCCUUGGCAGUCCAUCUACAUCUUGGCCGGCUGCCUCACCUUCCUCUUCGGCGUCGCCUGCUUCUUCCUCCCGGCCUCCCCCGUCUCGGCCUGGUUCCUCACGCCCGAGGAGCGCUUCGCCGCCGUCGAGCGCCUGCGCCGCGGCCAGACCGGCGUCCGCUGCGCAAAGUUCAAGCCGCACCAGCUCCGCGAGGCCGUCGCCGACGCAAAGGUCUGGCUCGUCGCCCUGAUGAUGGCCUCGGCCUACACCAUGAACGGCGCCGUCUCGGGCUUCGGCCCCCUCAUCGUCUCCACCUUUGGCUGGUCCCCGCUCCAGGCCAUCCUGCUGCAGUUCCCCCUCGGCGCCGUCUGCUUCGCCGUGAUCCUGCUGACGGGCUACCUCGGCUCGCGCCUCCCCAACGCCCGCGUCGUCAUGCUCGUCGCCUGCUGCCUGCCCGUCAUCGCCGGCUGCGCCCUCGUCUGGCGCGCCGACUGGUCGCGCCGCGCCGCCGCCCCCGUCGUCGGCUACUCCCUCACCGGCUUCUUCGGCGGCGUCGUCAGCCUCGUCAUCUCCCUCGGCAUGUCCAACGUCGCCGGCCACACCAAGAAGAGCUUCGUCGCCGCCACCGUCUUCGUCGCCUACUGCGUCGGCAACAUCGUCGGCCCCCAGCUCGUCCGCUCCCAGAGCAGAGCCCGCCACUACCCGGAGCUGUGGACCGGCCUCAUCGUCUGCUACGUCAUCUGCGUCCUCGCCGCCGCCGCCCUGUACCGCCUCCUCCGAGCCGAGAACCGCCGCCGCGACGCGCUGCCCGUCGACGAGGAGGAGCGCGCCAAGCUGGCCUUCCAGGACCUCACGGACAAGGAGAACCCCUACUUUCGCUACGUGUACUGA